GUGACAUAUAAAAGCUGUCAGCUGCUCCUGUAGCCAGCAGCAUUCAAACCUUGCAGACUUUUGCUCUCUGAGAGUUUGUAAUAAGACACACUUCUCUUACAAGGGUUCAUGCUACAACAUAGCAAAGAACUUUAAAUUUUUGGAAGAACAGUAUAUUCAGUUUGGCAUUUUGCAGAGCAAAGUAAACUCGGUGGCCUCUUCUCCAGCCCUCAACAUGAUAGCAAUCUCUGCGGUCAGCAGUGCGCUCCUGUUCUCCCUUCUCUGUGAAGCAAGUACCGUCAUCUUACUCAAUUCCACUGACUCAUCCCCGCCAACCAAUAAUUUCACUGAUAUUGAAGCAGCUCUAAAAGCACAGCUAGAUUCUGCGGAUCUCCCCAAAGCCAGGCGGAAGCGCUACAUUUCGCAGAAUGACAUGAUCGCCAUUCUUGAUUAUCAUAAUCAAGUUCGGGGAAAAGUGUUUCCACCGGCAGCCAACAUGGAAUAUAUGGUUUGGGAUGAAAAUCUUGCAAAAUCUGCAGAGGCGUGGGCAGCUACUUGCAUUUGGGACCACGGACCUUCUUACUUACUGAGAUUUUUGGGCCAAAAUCUAUCUGUACGAACUGGAAGAUACCGCUCCAUUCUCCAGUUGGUCAAACCAUGGUAUGAUGAAGUGAAAGAUUAUGCUUUCCCAUAUCCUCAGGAUUGCAACCCCAGAUGUCCGAUGAGAUGUUUCGGCCCCAUGUGUACACAUUAUACACAGAUGGUUUGGGCCACUUCCAAUCGGAUAGGAUGUGCAAUUCACACUUGCCAAAACAUGAAUGUUUGGGGGUCUGUAUGGCGACGUGCAGUGUACUUGGUAUGCAACUACGCCCCAAAGGGCAACUGGAUUGGAGAAGCACCAUAUAAAGUAGGGGUGCCGUGCUCAUCUUGUCCUCCAAGUUAUGGGGGAUCCUGUACUGACAACCUGUGUUUUCCAGGAGUGACAUCAAACUACCUAUACUGGUUUAAAUAAGCUUACUUUCCAUCAGGAGAUAUAAUGGUUUGGGGAAAUCAUAGGCAUAUAUAUAUAUUGAAUUUUGCACAUAUUAUACAUAUUUUAUGAUAAUCUUUUUUCCUUUUACUAUUCAAUUGUAUAAAUGAGUGUUUGUCUAGUGUAUUUGUUUUUAUUCUUUUAGAUUCAAAAUAUCCAUUUCUAUUUCUGACCUCUAAGCUUGAAUUGAAAUAUUUUAAAAACUUAUUCCAAAGUAUGUGUGAGGUGGUGGGACAUCUCUAACACCUAUCUAUAAUGCAAAAUACUCGACAGUGACAUGUGGAAAAAUAACUUAUAUAGGCAGCCAUAGAUUUUUAUUCUGGAGAUAUUUUACCUUAUGUUGGUUCACCAAAAGAUAUCCAAAGAUAUCCUUGAGUGAUGUAAGCUUUCAAAUCAAGACUUUUUCUUAUUCUUACUUACGUAAAUCGGCUAAUUAUGUGUAGAGUAUUUAUGACAAACAAGGCACUCUAUUGGUUAUGUCCUGAUAGUGCAAAGACAAUGAGACAUGGUUCCUGUCCACAAGAAGUUCAAAAAAGUCUUCAGGAAAUAAUAUAGCCUAUAAAUUUUGCUGUAAAAGUCUUUUUUAAGAUUUAUUUAUUUAUUUGAAAGUCAGACUUACAGGGAGAGAGGGAGUGAGAGGGGAGGGGGAAUAAGAGAUCUUCCAUCCACUGGUUCACUCCUCAAAUGACUGCAACAGUGGAGGCUGGGCUAUGCCAAAACCAGGACCCAGGAGCCUUUUCGAGGUCUCAAAUGGGUGCAGGGGCCCAAGCACUUGGGCUAUUCUCUGCUGCCUUUCCCAGGCCGUUAGCAGGUAGCCUCAUUGGAAGUGCAGUAGGUGGGACUUUUACUGGCACCUAUAUGGAUGCUGGCAUUGCAGUCAGCAGCUUUACCCACUACACCACAACAUAAGCCUCUGUUAAAUUAUUUUAACAAAUUAAUUUUUACAUAGUUUUGAGAAAUUGAGCAUACCAACAGUGUUCACCUGUAGCUGCAAUAUGUGAUCAGCUACCCUGUGAAAUAUGUAAGACCUCUGAUUCCUAUGAAAAUUUAGCCACAUUAUUUAGAGAGAGAAAGGCAAAGUUAGAAUUAACAACUGCCUGGAGAUUUCAGAAGCAGAUUAGGUAGUUUUGAUUUCGGAAAGCAGAAAGCAAAAUCCCCAAAAAACUGAUAAUGUCUAGGAUAAUUAAGAAGUAGAGGACAGGUAUGAAAAGUCACAGAAACAGAGUAUUUGCACAGAAAGCCCGGGUGGAGAAGUUAAGAUGGAUGUGUAUCCUAGGGGCAUGGCGCAUCUUAAAGACUGCUCAGGAGCAGCAGGAGGUGAAAGGAUCCAGAAAGUGACAUGAGGGAUGCCAAAGACACCUCCCUCUCUUCAUGGUUUUUGCCUCUUAUGAAUUGGUGAGACUCAAUCUACUUGUCAUGUUGGGCCUUUGAGAAUUUCAAGGUCCCUCCAGCAUACCACAUUCAGCCAGGGUGCUUUUUUUUUUUUUUUUUUUUAAUGGAGCCUGGUACAGAUGCUUUUCUAAGAACUCAUUAUCAACUUUAUUUUGUAUUUUUAUGGAGGAAUAAUUUUCAGUUCUUCGUUAAGUUUUUUUUUUUUUUUUUUUUGGCCAGGCAGAGUUAGACAGUGAGAGAGAGAGACAAGACAGUGAGAGAGAGAGAGAGAGAGAGAGAAAGGUCUUCCUUCUGUUGGUUCACUCCUCUAAUGGCCGCUACGGCCAGCGCUGCAGCUGCACCAAUCCGAAGCCAGGAGCUGGGUACUUGCUCCUGGUCUACCUUGCGGGUGCAGGGACCCAAGCACUUGGGCCAUCCUCCGCUGCCUUCCCAGGUCACAGCAGAGAGCUGGACUGGAAGAGGAGCAACCGGGACUAGAACCCAGCACCCCAACCGGGACUAGAACCCGGGGUGCCAGUGCCGCAGGCGGAGGAUUAGCCAAGUGAGCCACAGCGCUGGCCCUUCAUUAAGUUUGACUACGAAAGUCAAUUCCGUCACUGAAAAUUUCAUUCAUGUGAUUUGGAAAUGUAACGGUUCCUUAUUCAUGAAGUCUGUUUGAGAGGAUACAUCUGGAUCCAGACACCUAACACAUUAGCUUUCGAAUGUGUGUGUAUUUCAUUCAGGUUACAGAAUGCCUCCAGAGGAUUAUGGAACAAGUAAACAUGAUUAGUUCCACAGUGCACAUGGCAGGAGGGAGCUAUGUGUUUAAAAUGUCACACACAUUUGGAGUUUCUGAGGAUGACAGAGUUAAUUAAAUCUAUUCAAUGUGCAAACUCUCCCGUCUGGAGAUUGGGUCCAUUUGAGGACAAACAACCAGCCCAAUUUUUUUUUACAGAUAUGGUGACCCAAUGUAAUGAUACUAUAGUACUUUUUGUGGGUGCAAUCAGACCCUAUUAAAAGUAGGUAUUUUUAGAGAAUAAAAUGAAGAAUAGAGUCAUUACAUAAUUUAGGCCCCAAUCCAACUUUUAUCUGUUGUGUCAGGGCAACUGAAGGGAAAGCUCAUUAGUUGAACUUUUCUUGAUUCAGGUAGAUAGUGUUUCCAUCCACGAUUUGACCAUGUCAGUUCUACAGAAACAGCAGAGAGUACUAUUGAACAGGAGGUAGCUGUUCUCAGUGUAGACUCACUGGCUGUACUCUUGUUUAGUUUCUUUCUCAGUUUUAAGGAAGAAUGGUGGUAUUUGCUAUUUAUUUCCUAGAGGUUGCCACCAAGGUAAAUUUACAUACUAAUAGAAAUAUAUGAAUUCUAAAAUUAUCAUUAAUAUAUGAGCUCUUCUUUGACAGGAACUCUGUCUAAUUCUUUGUAUUUAUCCCAGCAUUUCAUACAGCAACUAUAAUGUAAUGUUUACAUGAGUGCAUUUUUACUAUUAGCUAAAAACUCUAGAACUGCAACAGUUUAGAGAAAUCCCACCUUUCCGUGACUUAUUAGGACAAAAAUGUCUCAAAUAGAAAGCUUUGAGUGAUAAACCAUUAAACAUCAGAUUGAGAUUAGACUAGGGGUCUACACACUUGUAAAUUACACUUUCAUAAGAGUACUUUCCAAACCACAACUAGAACUAUGAGUUUAUUUAUAAUUUAACAGCUCUGCUUAAAAUAUAACGGGUAUAGUGUUAUUCUAUCUGUAAUUUUUAAACUUAAUAAUAUAAAGUGGCCAUGUAAAAUAUUUUAUUUUCCAAGCUAAAGCAAAUGAAAAUGAGCUACUAUCAACACAGUGAGUCAUAUUUUUUAUCAGAUUCAACAAUGGUGCUAGCAUGGCUGUUUCCCAGAGGCAGAAAGAGCCAGGGGAUAAUCUAUUUCAUAAGAGCAGCUUCACAUAGUAAGGACGGAAGUUUUCAUUUGGAAAGAUUUCAUUUAAAACAAUAGUAAUUGAUACACUUAUUUUAUAGGAUUGAUCCUCUUUAUGGUAUAGAUUUUUUUUUGGUAGAAAAGAAAAGUAAUCUAUCAUGAUAAUAUUUCUGUGCCUCCCUGUCUUCCAAAAAACAAAGUAAAAUUUUAUCUAUGAUGCAAUGGAUUUCUUUCUAUAACUUUCUGAGUUGUGUUGGCACACUCUUGAUCAUCCUGGUUUAUGACAGAUAAAUCUGCUUUAAAAUGUGGAAGAAACUGGUAUUAUUAUUAUUAUCAUUUUUGCUUCUGUUAAGUAGUCAAAGCCUCGUCACAUCACUGGACACUGCUGCAAUGCCCCCAUGAAAUGCUCAUGGGACCUCUCAUUCGAAGUUCCAGUGUGCAGAUUUAGCACAGAGCUGACAAACACUAGAGCAAGUUUGUCCAAUUCAAUUUACUCAGAAUAUUUGAAUUGAAACAAUAUAAAGGAAAGGUCAUAAAGUUUGUGGAAAAUAUAAUUAAAAAGUUUACUUUUGUACAAAAAGUUUUGAAAUUCAUGCAGUUUUUUCAUAGCAAGCAUUUUUCAUGAACUUUUGGAGGACUCCUGAUAUGUGCAGAUUCAAAAAAUGUUUACACCAAAAUAAACUUAUUUUAAUUUCAUUUUCCACAAAUUUUGAAGUAUCUUUAUGUUUACUAUCUCCUUCAUAUGUACUUGUGUUAAAUCAAUCAACAUAACAAUCUAACAUAAACUUAAGUCAGUUUAUAUGUUUGAUGUUCCUACCAUGCUUAGGAAAUAAAUGCACAAGCUAAACAAAUAACUCAAAUGUAUCCACUAAAGGAGAUUAAAGCCUGGGCUUUUGUUCUCGUUUCCCAGUGUGUAACAAAGUGUCUCAGUAGGCUCCCCAGCAGCCUGGAAGCAGAUAGUUUUUACCUACUGAAGUGUUGGGGAAAACAGAGUUACAUUUCUACCAAUAUCUAACAAAAUGUUUUUAUAAGGUGUUUUUCCUUGUAUUUUCAUUGUAUGUGUGGGUGGAACCAUUUAAACACAUGCAAGUGACUUACAAUUAUGCCAUACUUUCGUUUUGAUUUAUGAAAGGUCAAUAGAAACCUAGGAAGUUUAACAAUUCAAUGAUUAAUGGUGCUGAAAACACAUUACAAUCACCAUAUUCUUGCUAUAAUUUUGAAGUUUGUUUGCAAUUAAAUUUUGUAUUAAUUUAAUAUCUAUUCUGGUGCUAAAUAUAUGGUGCUAAGUGAAUUGUGAGUGCUAAUGGCUUUAGUAAUAAUUUUAGCCAUUGUUUAAAGUGGUAUCUGUUCAAUUCCUGAUUCAGACACAUUAACACAAUUCUAGGUUAAAUUAUUCACCAAAAAUAGUACAGUUGACUCUAAUUUCUAAUUUAACAGCCAUAUAUUACUAGGCAUUAUAACAUACAAAUAUAUUUGUUUAGAAAUUACCAAUUAUCUUUUAAAACAUUUUUUACUUUGGCAGCGUCCAAAUUUAAAUGGCACCUACACUAACAAUGCUGUGGACACUGUCGCCCUCUGGUGGUUCUGAAAACAACUUCUCUUGAUGGCCACCUGGCCUGAGGUAAAAGUAAUUUCUGAUAGAAUUCAUGGAUGCUUCCUAAAUUGAUGAUAUGUAAAAAUGCUUUCUCUAUUGAUUCACUGGCCUAAGAGGUAUAAGAUUUUUAAUUUGUACUGUCACCCACUUUCUAAAUAUGUUUCUCACAAUUUUCCAGUUCUGAGGUGCUUCCUAAAGUUUGUUUUGAAUCCAGUAUUGCUGAAAUAUAUUUUCCAUUUCGUUUACAUCACAAGUACAAUUAUAAUAGUCAAAAUUAAUUUAUCUCAUUUUCAGGAAUUAUAAUAUAUUUUUAUUUAGCAUAAUACACAAGAUAAAAUGAGAUACACUAUAAUAACAAUAAAUCCUAUACAUUAAAGAGUUGUUCCUCCACAUUUAAUUGUUCGCUAAGAUUCAAAAAUAUUAUUUGGGUAUACUAUUCACUACUGAGCUAAUAUUCAAUGAUACUAUUUCAUUUAAAGUUCUUCCAGCUAACAGGUGAAAAUUAUGUCACCAGUAAAUAAUGAAGGUUACUCAUAUUCUCAGGUGAACAUUCAUUUGAAUUACAAAAUUGUCUGGAAUGAAUCAUAAUCUCUUUUCACAAAUUUCUUAAACUGUACUAGAAUAGCCAAAUAAAUGUUCUUGAAGCUUUUUUGCCAAAUCAAUAUUUUCAAACUUAUCUGAAAGCAAUAGAACCCUUUUGGUGCUCUAAGUCCUAUGCAAAAAUACAACAUAUAAUAAACAUCAAAUGAGCCUCUCCGCCCCUACACCUACCCCAGUGCUUUCUUGUAUGAGCCCUAUGAUUCUAUUAACCAAAAAAAAGUUGAUCUAAAUCAUUCAUUUUUAUCAUUUUCUUGAAAAACAAUCAGCUAAUAAAAGAAUACAUAAACCAAAGAUAAUCUGAGGGCCUAGGUUACAUUUGGUGGUUCUUUUGACUACUCAGUUAAAUUUGCAUGUGUUAGCAAACUCUUAGUUUUGUGAAGAAUUAAAUGCUGGGUUAAAUUGGUGCUUGGUUACAUUUUACAACAUCUUGUGUUUUAUUAUUUGACAAACAGAAUUUCGGUACCAUUAUAUUUUGAGGAUUAGAGAUUAUUGUGGUGCACAUUAGAACACAAUAUGCUUUAAAUUACUUCAAUGUUUGAAAUGUUUAUAUAAUCUUAAAAUAUACUGUAUGAUGUUAGAUACUUUAAAGAAACAGGUUAAUCUGUAUAAGUUUUAUUCACUACCUAAUGCUGUGGCAGUGAAAGGUGCAUUUGAUAUUGUAAAAUAAUAUCCUGAAUAUGUAUGUAUGUUACACCUGUGUAAAACUCUGUCCUUAUGAACCACAUCAAAUAUAGCCUUUUUAGCUCCACUGUAUUUUUUUGUUCAAUAAAAUAUUAUAAUUAA